AUGGCUAAAGGCAUAAAUGAUACGCAGAGAAACAACUCCAUCAACGAAGAGUUACUACUGGAAAUUAAGAAAAUGGAGAAAGAGCUAAAGAAGCGAUAUGAAGAAUACGAGGAGCUGAACAAUAGCUACCGGGAGGUUUACGGUUCCUACAUUGUGAGCAAGACAAAUCUGGAUGAGGUGACAAAUAAUUACGAAGGGGAAAUCCUCAAAUUGGAGACCAUGAUAACGGAAAAGGAAAACCAAUACUCUGACCUCCACGAAAGCUUCCAAGAAUUGCUGGAAGAUAAAUGCAAACUAGAGGCAGAACUGGAGGGCUACCAAAAGGCCAUAUACGAGAUGGAGGAAAACUGCGCUUCGUUAAAGGAGUCUCAUAAGGAGGAACUGAAGGAAAUCCAAGAAGAGAUAUCCAACCUGUCCUCGCAAAUGAACGACAUGAAUGAGGAGCUAGAGUUCUCCAAGGAAAGAUGCAGAGAGUUGGAGAAAUUAAAUGAGGAAAGAGCCUCCACCAUCGACACCCUUAAUGAAAAAAUUGAAAACUUAAAAGAGGAGAAGAAACUGCUCGGAAUCGACAUGGAGAUUAUCAAAGUGCAGCAACAUAGAAUUCACGAGGAGAUGCAGCAGGUGCAUCAGGAGAAGGAGGAAUUAGGUCGAGAAAGGGAAGAACUGUGUAGGGAAAGGGAAGAACUGGAGCGAGAAAAAGAACGCAUGAACAAAUGCAGGGAGGAGUUACUGCAGGAGAAAGAACUGAUACAGACGGAUAGAGAUCUACUGGGGAAGGAAAAACACAGACAGGAAAAUAACAUGAAAAAUAUAAUCGUAAAAUUUAACGACUUGCAGAAGGAGCUUGAUGAUCUUGCGUCAGAGAAUUCGACGAAGGAGUCCUGCUUACGGGAGAGUGAACAAAGGGUGCUCGCGCUGGAGAAGGAAGCCUCCCUGUGCAAGAACAAGAUCGCCAGCCUGGAUCAGAAGGUGCAGGAGCUAAAGAGCGAACUGGCCACCGAGAAGCAGAAGAAUAACGAACUGCAGCAAGAUACAGUGAAUAAAACUGGAGAGCUCCUCAAGAGGGACUCAAUUAUUCAGGUUUUAUAUAGCAAGCUGAAAGAGAAUGAAAACGAGUUGGUACUAUUCCAGAAUGAAAAUUUGUCCCUGAAGAAUCACAAGAAGGAGCUCAGCAAAAUUUGGAACAACAAGAAAAGUGAAAUGGACAACAUCGAAGUUGAUUUGUAUCAGAAGCUAUCCAAGUUAAUCAUUAAGAACAGAAUCCGGGAUAGGGACGAUCUGCGCUUUGAUGGGCAUCCUCAAUCGCUUCUUCUGAAAACGCUCUGGUCCGGCUACGUCGACAUCUGCAAGAGCAUCCUGAAGACAAGGGACGGGUACCUCUACAGCGGAAGCAGAAGUCACCGCUUCAUUUGCGCCUACAACACGGACUUGUUUCUGGACGUGAAGCAAGACAGCAAGAAGAAGUACCUGCUCUCCUACAGAAACGAAACGAGGGGAAUCUUCCAGGUCAGUGAAGACGAGGUGAAGAGUCUGGUGUAUGUGGGCCCCCUGAGCAAGUGCCAAGGACAGAGCGUUGCCCCAUGCAGCAACAAAGUUAACCUGGAAAUGACCAAAGGAAAAAACUGCAAUUAUGUGUUUGAAGAAAUGUACGUAACGAAGAAGGGAACCAAAAUUGUCCUGAUCAAGGAAAAACAAACAGGCAUGUAUUUUAGUGGCUUGCAUAGAAAUAUGCCACUACGGGAAAAUGAAAAAAAGAAGACAGGAGUGGACCAGCUCGAAUACAACAAUGUUGUAAGCACGCUAAUUAAUUAUAUGACCAAUGAGGAGAAGGAGAAAUCCAAGGGCGACAUUAUUUUGAAGACGUCCAACCAGAAGGUCAAGAUCGAAAGUGGGGAAGAACCCAUUAACAGCGUGAACAAAACGCGUCUUGUUAAAAACGAAAGGGAUAAGUCAAACCGCGGGAACACUCCCAAAGGGGAAGAGGCAGUAAUGAGUAAAAACAAAAGUGAAAGAAAAGCAAAUGGGAAGACAGACGUGGGAAAGAAGAACACCAAAUUGGCGUCCCCCUCUUCGGUCACCCCAAAAGGGAAUUACAAGCAAGUAAAGAAUAAGCAGCAAAUGAGUGAAGAAAAUUUACAUAGGUAUAAUAUAGCCAAGGAGAUGUUACUCCUCCCGGGCAGCAAUGACAGUAAUGACAACAGUGGUAGUAACGGAUGCGAUGACAACAACCGUGGAAACGAUAACCAAGGCAGUGAUGGAGGUGACAGCGCAAGCACAGCGGAUGGAGGCCGUGUGCCUCUCUUCCAUUUGAAAAACGAAUACGCGAAUGAUACGGAGGAGGAGUUAAAAUGUGUCACAAAGGAGAAACCAGAAGUGUCACCCAUGGAUGGGAAGAACUCAAUCGAGUCGUUUCUAAAGCACCCUAUUGGACCACAUAGUAGUAGUACCACCUCCCUUGCGAACAUAGCCGACUUUAACGAUACCAACAUUGUGUUGACUAUAAACAAGGAGGAGGCAAUUUUGUUCGAAGUUUUUAAUUAUGAGCAGAUAGCCGAACAUGACGCUGUGCGAUUCGCGUCGGAGUAUGUGUUGCACUUACUUUCCAACUGGGAGAAGGGCGGCAACUGCUCCUCUUCGCAGGAUGCGUCAUCCACGACUGUCUGUAGUGAGCAGAACUCUAACGUGUUCACAUCGCUCGACGGGGAUUGGUGCAUCCUCCCUGCGUAUAUGUAG